AUGUCCUGGAACCUCAGCAAAAAGCUCAAGGAGACUCAUCUUGGGCCCCUAAGUCCCUUUUCCCGCUCGACCUCGACUUCGACCAUUACUACCGAAAAAGCCAAGGACGGCCGACCCAGUACCGAGGCCACGACACCGACUCACGAAAGUGCCAUCGCUGCUUCGGAAGCAAUGACACAGGCCCCCGUCGUCAAGCCGCCGAAACCUGGUAUCCUCGUGGUCACCCUUCACGAAGCCCAGGGCUUCUCGCUCCCUGAACAACACCGAAAUGCAUUUGCUUCGCAGCACCAAGGCUCGCUCUCGUCCAGCAAUGCCCUCGGCGCCGGCUCCGUGCGGCCAGGCUCGUCCCAACGAACGACCGGUUCUUUCAUCAACGGCGCCCACAGGCCGCACUCGUCGGCUGGAGGCUUCACCGGCAUCCCCACCAACCACGGCCGCAUCUCGGGCAAGUACAUGCCCUACGCCCUGCUUGAUUUUGACAAGCUGCAGGUCUUUGUCAACUCAGUCGACGGCAACCCGGAGAACCCGCUGUGGGCCGGCGGCAACACACAGUACAAGUUUGAUGUGUCGCGCGUGACCGAGCUCGUCAUCCACCUGUACAUGCGAAACCCCACGGCUCCGCCGGGCUCGGGCCGUAGCCAGGACAUCUUCCUGGGCGUUGACGCCCUCGAUACGGCCAACUUUGACAGCGAAUUCACGUCCGAGGCACCGACAGACUCUUACGUCGAGGGCCCGGUGCUGUCAGAGACGAUGCAGAACCAGUUCCAGGGCUUCAGCUACAACAGGCCCAUUGCUGGUCUAGGAGAUGCCGGAGGCAGUGUUAAGGAUCCAUCGUUUGCCAGCAGCAUUCAGGACAACCGGUAG